CGUCGCAAAUCAUCACUGCAAAAGGAUCUCAUCAGUCAAGUUGUGGUUUUUGUGGUGUCAAAUUUAAGCUCUGCUAAAAUCAAUGGCUGAUGAUCUCAAGAGACAUGUAAUGAAGGUUUUCGAGGAUGCGACCAAAGACUGUGUGGAUAGAGAAGUGAAAGAACUAUUUGGCAUGAUUCGGGACUACGAUUCCCUCAAAUCGAAAUGCGAUUAUCAUGUUCAAUUCCAUGGCAAAUCACGGCAUGGUUCACCAAGCCAGAGAGCUCUUUAAGCCUGUCACUGAGCCGGCCACACAGCCGGAAGUGGUGUACGUAUUCACAUUGUUAUUUUGUGGCCGUAUUCACAUUUGUUAUUUUGCUGUACGCCCAUGCCGGCAAGACCAAGGCUGCUCUCAAGGUCUACCACCACAUGUUAUCCACUGGUGCCACUCCCACCGCCUACACUUACACUGUACUCAUCACCGCAUAUGGAAGAGACUCUUCGGGUUUCAAUUUUGUUGGAUAUGCUAAGAAAUUCUUUUUGGAAAUGUUGGAUAAGGGGAUGAAACCCCUCUCUGCAACCUACAUGAUUGUGUUGGACCUCGUUGCCUACAGAGAACCGGUGGACAAGGCCAAGGAGUUCCUUCAGCAGAUAGAAGCUAAGGGUUGGUUAAGCCCCGGCUCCAAUGCUUAUCAAUUCAAAGAAUGUCACCUCACAGACGCAAUGCAGGUAAUCAAGAUGUAUGCUGAUCUUGUCAACAACAUCGCGGAUGAGGAUGUGCAAACAUUCUUCCGCAAGUCGCGCACCUGCCCAGGUGGUGUCAACAAACGGUUGAGGAAGAUGCAGAAGGCUUUGAAAGAGGAUGGAAAUGUAGACGAGAGCAUAGAGAUUUUUAGCACCAUUCUUCAGACGGGCAUGGAGCCCAUGGUCCUACUCCACACCUCCGUUAUUGAAGCCUACUUAAAGUUUGGCAAGACCAAGGGUGCUCUGGAGGCGUACUGGGGCAUGUUAGCUGCUGGGGUGGCCCCCAACUCCUACACUUACACUGUUUUAAUCAAGGGACUUACUUCUGACCCCAACUUUUUUGGAGAUGCCAAGAAGUGCUUGCUAGAGAUGAUGGACAAGGGAAAGCGGCCCAAUGCUGCUACCUACACUGCAGUGAUAGAGGGCUUUGCAAAGCAGGGGGGCAAGGCAGCCGAGGAGGAGGGAAAAGAGUUUGUGGCGGUAAUGAGGGAUAAGGGGUUCGUGCCUAAUGCAAAGGCAAUGAGGGAUGUUUUAAAGGGCAGACCAACACCCAUUAUUAGAAGAGUCAUGAGUAUUGUCCUUUCCACAUUGAAGCAGUGAUGUCCUGCUUGACUGCUUCAUAGAUGUUACACCAGCAGAUUUAGGAUUAGGAGGUUUCAGAUGUGGGGAAACUCAUGUGUGAUUGGGUUUCAAUAUUGGUGGACUUGGUACUGUUUUCUAUGAUAUUGAAAUAGCUGUAGUUUCUGUUUUUUUUUCUUUCCGGUGUUCUGCACUCGAAUUCUAUUCUUAGUCACAUGAAAUUAUCUGCUUUUGACAGGUUGGGCAUGAAGAAAUGCUU